UACUGAAGCUUUGACGCAACUUUGGACCUUUUUUUUUUUAAAACUUCACGCAUUGGAGCCUGUUUUCCCCCCAACUUUAAAAUGCGUCGACCGCUCCGAAGAACCAGCGCUCUGAACGUGGUUUUGCUGCUGUAUUGGCUCUGCUGUUUGGCUCCUUCCCCAGUCUCCUCCAUCACAGUGACUACACCACCAGAGGUUCAUGCAUCUAAAGGAGAUACUGUCACAUUGUCCUGUUCAUUUACUUCCACAAGUAGGCCAACUAGUAGGAUGACAGUGGACUGGUCUUACCGGCCGCAGAGCGGAGGUCCACCAAUGAUGUUUCUCCACUUCUCCUCACGGGCGUACCCGCCAACAGAGGGUCAGUUCGGCGGUCGAAUCCGGUGGCAAGGCACCCCGGCACGUGGAGAUGCUUCCAUCUCUUUAAUCAAUGCCACACUGAAUGACAAUGGGACCUUUACAUGCACAGUCAGAAACCCUCCUGAUGUCCAUGGGUCCACGACUUCACAUACUGUACUUACUGUCACACCAAGGGUGCCCAGCAUUCGCUUCUCCGAUGUUGCAGUCCUCCUUUUUUUCAUCCUCCUCCCCUCUGCUGUCAUAACCCUCAUUCUUAUUGGACGGAUGCUGUGUCCCAAGAAAGAGCGUAACCAAUCAAAGGCCCACAGAUCACCCAUAGAGAUCACAGAGGGGGAUGAAUAUGGCAUCCCAGGAUACACACACAAAGAAGAUAGGGCCAAAUGCCCUGACCUAUAUGUGAUGGACUCAGAUGAAGAGUAUUACUUAAAAGACUUUAAAAAGAGGCCUCCUGAAGCCGAAGGCUAUGCUGACUCCCACUGCUAGAGAACCCCGGUGGUCAGGAGAUGUAACUGCAGCCUGGCGCUUUAUAGGAAAUCAAUGCAGGAUUUACAUCUUCGAUGCCACAGUCCACCACUCAGCCACUCCACCACUUGGUGAUGAGGUUUGUUUUUGGUGACCCCUUUGGUAAAUGCUCCAUAUAUUUAACACUAUGCAAAUAAGUAGAUUUUCUUUUGUAUUCCUUAUGCAACCCCCUCCCCCAAAACCCAGAAAGCUAGAAUUUAUAGGCUGUUUUGAUUGUUUUCACACGACGGAGCUGGGGAUGAAGAGAAAUCUAAAGUCUGUGGUGUGAAUAUGGUAUUUACUUUUUAUUCUGUGUGCACAAAGCACCAUGGCUGGUACUGUUUGGCAAACUGUCCUUGUGUAUGCAAUGUAUGCAACCACAAAUAUUCUUUUCUUUUGUUUUUGUUAGUUUUUUGGAGAUGCAUACUUUUUUUUUUCUAAUUUAUUGCCUCCAUCAGAGUGGCUGUGUGAUAUCUGUCAGUAUCUCUGUUUUACUCUUGUGGAACAUUUCUGUUAUAUCAUUAAUAUUUGUAAAAUAAAAAAUAAACAUUAA